GCGGCCGCUCGGGCUCCGCUUUUGCCUCCGCCGGGCACGGCUGUGGCUUCUCCGGGCGCGUCUCCGCUUUUCUCUCCGGCUUCUCCCCCGGGCUCGGCUCCCGCUCCCGGUGCGGCUGCCCCGGCCAUGGGGGUGGCGACGGGCGCGCCUCCGCCGUGAGCGGCAUCAGCAGCAGCGGGACCCAGCGAUGUUGCGGGGCCAGGUCAGUUUUGAGGAAGAGAGCCAGAAUCCACCCGCUGUGGGCCACUGGAAGCCCCUGAUGCCAUCCAAAGGCGACAAGGAGGAGCCAGAGAGUGGAUGCCAGGAUGCUGGAGGUGUGCAGGAACCCCAGUCCACGGAGCACCUCAACAUGUCCCGGCUGCGCAGCUCCUCGGUGGAGAUCCGGGAAAAGGGCUCGGAGUUCCUGAGAGAUGAGCUGCACAAAGCACAGAAGGAGCUGAAGCUCAAGGACAAAGAAUGUGAGAGAUUGUCAAAAGUGAGGGAACAGCUGGAGCAGGAACUGGAGGAGUUAACAGCCAGCCUGUUUGAGGAAGCCCACAAGAUGGUGAGAGAAGCCAACACCAAACAGGCUGCGGCAGAGAAACAGCUCAGGGAGGCCCGGGGCAAGAUUGACAUGCUGCAGGCAGAGGUGACAGCCCUCAAGACGCUGGUGAUCACAUCCACACCGUCCUCCCCCAACCGCGAGCUGCACCCUCAGCUGCAGAGCCCUUCCAAAGCUGGCUUCAGGAAGGGCCAUGGGAGGAACAAGAGCACCAGCAGUGCCAUGGUGUCAGCUGCCAGCCACGGCGUGGCUCCCGAGCCUGUCAGCCGGGAAUGCAAAGAGUCUGGUUUCCCUGCUCUCCUCUCCCUGCUCCUUUGCAUCCUCCCUGGGAAGGCUAUCCACAUCACCUAUGAGCCAGGCUGGCAGGCCCUGGGAGCAGAUGCUUCCUCCUCCUCCUCCUCCUCCUCACGGCAGGUCGACUCCAUUUUAUUUGCCGAGUUCCAGGCCUGGAAAGAAUCUCCAACUUUGGACAAAUCCUGCUCCUUCCUGGACAGAAUUUACCGAGAAGAUGUAGGACCUUGUCUGGACUUCACCAAGCAGGAGCUGUCGGAGCUGGUGCGAGUGGCUGUGGAGCAGAACACCCUCACCAUCGAGCCAGUGGCUUCCCAGACUGUCCCCGUGGGCAAGGUGGCAGCAGAAGAGUGUGGUGGCCCCAAUGGCUUCCGGUCACAAAUCCUAACGAAAUGUGCUCUCAGUGGCCUCCCCAGGACCUGCAAGCACCGGAUCAUGCUCGGGGAUUCUGGAAGUUACUAUUACAUUUCCCCUUCCUGCAGGGCCAGGAUCACAGCAGUGUGCAACUUCUUCACCUACAUCCGUUAUAUCCAGCAAGGCCUGGUGAGGCAGGAUGUGGAGCUGAUGUACUGGGAGGUCAUGCGGCUCCGGAGGGAGAUGUCUCUGGCCAAACUUGGAUUUUAUCCCAGCGAGAUGUAAGCAGAGCCCUGAGCGUGGAAGCAAAGUGCUCCUGGAGGAAGGGUUUGGGGUGCAGUGCCUGUCCUGCUCCCUCCCACCUUCCCUCUGCCUGGAGCAAGGAGCAAGAGGCACAAGUUCCACCUUCAGCUGUCCCACUCAUUCAGGUGUGACUGGAAUGCAGCUGCCACGCUGCCCCUGGAGCUGGGCUGGCCCUGGCUGCUCCAGGAUGGCCACCCAUGGACUCUGGAGUCUCCUAUAUGCAGUGUAUACCCGUUCUUUUUUAAACCUUUUGUUUUUAUAUGCAGCCUGGCAUAACCCAAGGCCAGGCCUGUGCAGGGUGGGAAUUCCGGACCUUCCUUGCGAGCCAGCCCGUCAGGACAGAUGCUGGCUGUCUGUUCCACUUGUUUAUUUGGGAUGGAGGGUGCUGUCCCCGAGGUCCUGCUGACCACAGCAGCCCUGAAAAUGCCAGCAGAGCACAAUGAUCCUGAACAGUUUGUUUCCAAGUACUUCCUUGUUCCUUUUCAAGGAGCCUGCAAGAGAAGCUUGUUGCCAGCAGAGUCACAAAGAAGGAUUUGUUCCUGUUUUUAGCUGGAUGUUUGGCACUGGGUUGUGCAGGCUGGGGAAUGGCUGGAGCUGUGCACCUGGGGCCUCCAGCAGAAGAAAGGGAGCAGGGAAAUUCCCUAACUCCCAGCUGGCUGCAAGAUUUUUUUCCCUCUGGACUAGGGGAUCUGCUGCAGUUGUCAGAGGCAGAUGCAGGAGCCUGUGACAGUCCCUGGUAUGAACCUCACCCACAAACAAGCCCUGGAGCUGUUCCUGCUCUUGAGGCAGCUUUGGGCAGUCCUGUUCCCACUCUUCAGGCAGAACCCAUGUUCCCAGGUUGGGUUCUUUGUGUCUCCAGGAGAAGCAUGCCCAAAGCCCAGAUUCCUUCCUGGUGUUACAUCAGAUUUGGAGAUGCCCAUCCACUGGGAAUCACAACUUUUCCUGGGCUGCCAUUCCCUGGUGGGGGAAUCUGAGACCUCUGUGUGUGCACAUGGGGGCUGCCCCAAAAUGUGCUGGGAGGGAGGGAUGUUGCUGGAGCUGCAGGAAUGCACAGGCCUGACACAUCCUGAACUCAGACCCAGGUUUAUUGAAGCCAUGACAGUAUUUUGUAGCUAAUUUAGUGUUUUUUUCAGUGACUCUGGAAUCAGCUCAGUCAUCACCCAUUCUGGGGAUUUCACUUCUGACAGGCUUGUCACCCUGUCCCUCUACCACCCUCAGCUGCAUAAUUCCAUCCUCUCCUGAAGGAUAUUACAGUAGGAACUCGAUUUUUCUUCUGCCAAGCUGCUGGAUUUUGUCUAGUGGGGAGAGAAAUAACACAGCUUUGGUUUCCCUGGCUGUGGAUUUCAGCUCAGGUGAAUUCCACCUCUGGAAUUUCUCCCUGCAUCUCUUCCCCCUGUCCUUUUGAUCUCUCCAUGUCUUCCUGAGAGCUGCUACACUGCACAAACAUCGCAGCACGGGGAAUGAGAUGAUCUCUCUGGGUCAGAGAUAUUUUCAUUUGUGGGAUUUUUUUUUCCCCCCUUCGGUGUCACGUCAAAAAGCACUUUGAGACAGAAGGAACUGCAGCAAUGCCUUGUCUGAGGUUGUCUUGCAUUUCAAAUGAAGCAGAGAGAACAAUUGGUGAAGGAAAAUGAAAUCACUCCGUUAGCCGCGGGAUGGUUGCACCCUGCUCUUUCAUAAAGGAAAAUAAACAUUUGCUAUUAACCUCUAUAA